AUGGAAGUAUUAAGACGGCCAAACCACAGCAGUAGACUAGUCAUGGAAAAGCAAGAUCCGAUCGACUGUGACUUGGGCACAACUUCCAUUCCUAAAAAGGUUUUCAAAUCAAGACUGACUUUUUUCUGCUAUGCUGCUGUUAGAUCCCGUGGAUUUCACAUAUUGCUUCUGUUGCUGGCAUUCUUGUCUGUCUCUCUAUUUUUUUUGGUUGACGAUUUAAAAUCUAAUCCUGCUAAACAGUUUAUUUAUUUUAUGGGUUUAGUUGUUGGUGUAUCCGUAGGAGCGCUUCUGGUGCUGUGUUACAGGGUCCAAAGGAUUAAACAUCUUGUAUCUCAUAACUUGACGAUUUUCAUGGAGAUUGUGGAAACUGUUUUCGAGCCAGGGCAUGGGAUAGGCCCCGAAAGGUGGGAUGUGGUAGCAUGUGAGAUGAAUAGGGAGCUUUAUGAAAUCGGUCUUUGGAAAACACCCUACUGCUUUUUUGAAGGUUUAGAUUUAGAGAAGCUCUACAGGUAUCUCGUUCUGAAACCGCAAUUUGAACAAAACUUGGAUCAGUUCGAUGUGUUGGAAAAGGGCCACGGACAGACUUCUUCAUAUCAGCAAGCACUUGAUGAGCAGUUCUCUUCUUGGGUGGAGGUAUCAGAUACUUCUAUUGAAGAUUCUGAGAGGAAGUUGCCCCGCGACUCAUGCUGGAGCAAAUUCACCUGGACAGUACACAAAAUGAUCAAACUACAAAAACAAUCUAUACUAGUACAAGUAGUUUGUUUGCUAAAUUUUUUUUCGCUGGUACAGUUAAUCGCCUUCUUCAUUGUUAUGAUGCUACUGUACAAAGGGAUACAGGAAUUUCAGUUUUUCCAGGAUACACCAAUGCUGACAUCAAAGAGGUUGAGAUUUCUGGCAACGAUCACAAGCGUUGCGCCAGGUACAAACCUAGAUCGCUGGGAUGUCAUUGCCAAACGUAUGAAUUCGUAUUUGCGUGAGAACACUAGAUCCUGCGAUUGCUUUUACGAUGGAAAGGAUUGUUUAAAAUUUUUCGAGAAUAAUUUCAAGCCUCUCACCUCAAAGAAAGGAAUGUCAACUGAAAUGGCUACUUACGAGCUGGUACCCUUUGUCUUGAAAGCUGGAGAGGUGUGCUAUUGA